AUCACAUUGUUUCACUGCCUCAACUAAACAAGCGGCAACAGCAGCUAUGGCUUCCCUGCGGUUCCCACUCUUGUUUUCUCAGCCACCGAGUCAACCCUCCCGCUCCUUCUACCAAACCGCCGCCGCAUAUUCCGCUGCCGCUGCUCUCGGCGGUACGGUUGCAAUCUUGCAGAUCACUCACAACAACCCACUGAAUUUCUCACGCAACAAAAUGCCCUCCUGCCGGGUCUGGGGCUCCCUUUCCCUCUCUGGUAGCUCGGACCCUGUCACGGAAUCGAGGACCGGUAUGUCAUUCCCUUCCGUUCUGAAAGACUCUCAGCGACUUCUCGGAAUUGGGUUGAGGAAGAAGGCCUUUCUGGGGUUGAAGAACAUCGAUGUAUAUGCUUUUGGGGUGUAUGCCAAUGAUGAUGAUGUACAGAACAUCCUCAAAGAGAAAUAUGAUACACUUUCUGGUUCUGAGUUUAAGGAAAAGGAGUUGAAGGAUGAGCUCAUGGACAAGGACAUACGCACUACUGUUAGACUGCAGAUAGUAUAUGGAAGACUAAACAUCCGGUCUGUGCGCAGUGCAUUUGAGGAGUCUGUUGGAAGCAGGCUACAAAAGUUUGGUGGCUCUGAUAACAAAGAAUUGCUUCAAAGGUUCACUUCCCAGUUCAGAGAUGAAAUAAAGAUACCUCGUGGAGCUGUCAUAGAACUCUCAAGGGAGCCAGGCUAUGUACUUCAGACCACAAUUGACGGCAAGGAAGUGGGAAGCAUACAGAGUAAAGCACUGUGUCAAUCAAUUUUGGACCUAUACAUCGGGGAUGAAGCAUUCGAUAAAAAGGCCAGAGAAGAUGUUGAACUGAACCUGGUUUCACUUCUUCAAAAGUAGUCCUGUAUCAUCCAGGCAUGCGAGAUUUAGUGAGGGGGAAUUUGUUGAAGUAAUCCAUGCAUCUUUUUUUGUUUCUUUUUCUGUUUUGUGUUCUUUUCUGCCAAACAUUUGUUGUAUCUACUAAAUUUAAGCUAAAUGAAAAAAGGGUAAAUGAAU